AUGGCCUGCUGCUCCACCAGCUUCUGUGGCUUUCCCAGCUGCUCCACCUGUGGGACCUGUGGCUCCAGCUGCUGCCAGCCAAGCUGCUGUGAGACCAGCUGCUUCCAGCCCGCCUCCUGCCAAACCAGCUGCUGUGAACCCACCCCCUGCCAAACCAGCUGCUGUGAACCCACCCCCUGCCAAACCAGCUGCUGCGAGCCUACCUGCUGCCAAACCAGCUGCUGUGGGACUGGCAGUGGCAUCAGCUAUGGCCAAGAGGGUGGCCAUGGAGCUAUGACCUGCCGUGUCAGGUGGUCCCGCCCAGACUGCCGUGUGGAGGGCACCAGCCUGCCCCCCUGCUGCGUGGCAAGCUGCAUCCCCCCAACCUGCUGCCAGCUGCACCAUGCCCAGGCCUCCUGCUGCCGCCCAUCCUACUGUGGACAGUCCUGCUGCCGCCCAGCCUGCUGCUGCUCCUGCUGCCAGCCCACCUGCUGUGAGCCCACCUGCUAA